ACUCCCACCGCCGCCAUCCCUCCUGCCUGCUGUCCUACAAAGAAAAACCCCAGGCUAAACAAAACCCCAUUUCCGUCCCUAGUUUUCCUCCCUACCCUCAUCAAUCCUGCAGUUUCCAGGAGCAAAGAGCGAUUCUUCCCCGAGGUUAAGCAAUGAUAGUGGACUUUGUUGAUCUAUCCAGUGAUGAUGAUGAUGAUGCCAGAGAAGAACACAGUGUUAUUGGAAAAGGUCAUUCAGUUCAUGUGAAGGCAGAUUUUGUUGACUUGACUAGGGAUGAGGACAUCUUUGAAGGAGAGCAUCUUGCUUAUGGACAAGGUGAUGCUGCUCGGGUCACAUCAUUUCUUAAACAGCAGUUCUUCGCUGAUGAUGUACAAGCUGAAGCUGCCCAGUGCACAGUAACGCUACAGACGCAAGAACUUAUAGCAGAUGAUGGGCAAGGUGAUGCUGCCCAGUGCACAGCAACAUUACAGAUGCAAGAACAUACAGAAGAUGAUGGACAAGGUGAUGCUUCCCAGAGCAUAGCCAUAUUAAAGAUGCAAGAACUUAGAGCAGAUCAUGAACAAGGCGAUGCUGUCCAGUACACAGCAGCAUUACAGUUGCAAGAACUUAGAACAGAUGAUGAACGAGGUGAUGCUGCCCAUUGCGCAACAACAUUACAGAGGCAAGAACUUACUGCAGAAGUUGGACAUGGUGAUGCUACCCAGUGCAUAGCAACAUUACAGAUGCAAAAACAACUUAUAGCUGAUGAUGUACAAGGUGAUGCUUCCCAGUGCGCAACAUUACAGAUGCAAGAACUUACUGCAGGUGUUGGACAAAGUGAUGCUGCCCAAUGCACAGCAACAGUACUAAUGCAAGAACUUGGCGCAGAUGGACAUGGUGAUGCUACCCAGCGCACUACAAUUUUGCAGAGUCAAGAACUUACUGCAGAUGAUGGACAAGGUGAUACUGCUCAAUUCACACCAACAUUACAGAGGCAAGAACUUACUGCAGAUGAUGAACAAGGUGAUGCUGUCCCGUGCACAUCAACACUACAAAGGCAACAACUUAAUGCAGAUGAUGGACAAGAUGAUGUUGCCGUGUGUACAACAACAUUACCAUGGCAAAAAUGUAUUUCAGAUGGCACACAAGAUGAUGUGGAUUGCUGCACAACAGCAUUACUGAGGCAGAAAUCUAUUUCAGAUGGCGCACAAGGUGAUGUGGCUUGCUGCGCAACAGCAUUACAGAGGCAGGAACCCGAUACUGCUCAUGGAAAAGGCAAUGCAGCCCAGCCCACAACAUUACAUAGGCAGGAGUUUCCAGUAGUGGGUGAUAGCAUGCAAAAGACUUUGCAGUUCAGAAAUUCAGAAGAUGCUACUACAUCCUUGUCGAGAACACAAGAAGGGAGUCACAGGGUAACUGAAUUUCUUAAUACCUCUCAAGCACCGACUGAAGAACCAUUUCCUCGGCAAUUUUGGAAAGCUGGAGAGGACAGAUUAGCUACUCAAGCUGCUAUCAACAAUGGCCAAAACCGCUUACGGAUUCAUCCCAAGUUUCUUCAUUCUAAUGCUACUUCGCAUAAGUGGGCAUUUGGUGCUAUUGCAGAGCUGCUCGACAACGCUAUUGAUGAGAUGAACAAUGGGGCAACCUUUGUCAAAAUAGAUAAGAAAAAGCAUUCUCCUAAUGGGGAUUAUUCAUUGGUGAUAGAAGACAAUGGAGGCGGCAUGAGUCCAGAAUCUCUUCGACAUUGUAUGAGCUUUGGAUUCUCUCAGAAAUGCACCACUUCAUCCAUUGGGCGAUAUGGCAAUGGCUUCAAAACUAGCACGAUGAGGCUUGGGGCAGAUGCUAUUGUAUUCACAUGUGCAAAAGAUCAUAGGAGAUUGACACGAAGCAUCGGAUUGCUGUCUUACACAUUCCUUAUGAGCACUAGGUGCAAUGACAUAUUUGUACCUGCGGUUGACUAUGAAUUUGAUGCCUCAUCUUCAACUUUCAAGAGGAUAAUGACAUGUGGUGAAAAACAUUUUUCAUCUAAUCUUUCCACUCUUUUGAGGUGGUCUCCAUUUUCUACAGAAGGUGAAUUAUUGAAUCAAUUCAGCGAUAUGGGGUGCCAUGGCACAAAAAUCAUUGUAUUUAACUUGUGGUUGAACGAUGCACUGGAAAUGGAGCUUGACUUUAUGACUGAUGAUCAGGAUAUUAUAAUCUCAGGAGCACCUGAGCUACGAGCAGGACAUAAUAAAUUAGAACAGAUGCAUGUAGCAAACCGUCUUCGAUAUUCUCUCCGGGUUUAUGCAUCCAUACUAUACCUACAUGUACCUGAAAGCUUUCAAAUCAUCCUGUGUGGACGAGCUGUUGAACCACAUUGUGCUGUCAAUGAUCUCAUAUACCGUGAAUGUAUCAAAUAUCAACCACAAGUUGAUGUAACCACGGAGGUUGAUGUCAUUACUACAAUUGGCUACUUAAAUGGUGCUCCACAACUUGAUAUCUAUGGAUUUAAUGUCUACCAUAAGAACCGUCUGAUACUGCCCUAUUGGCGUGCAGGCUCAUAUAACGCAAAGAGAAGAGGCAUUGCUGGGGUUUUGGAGGCAGACUUCAUAAGACCUACACAUGAUAAGCAAGAUUUUGAGAGGACAGGACUUUUCCAGAGGCUUGAGACACGAUUAAAAGACAUGGCAACGGAGUAUUGGACUUACCAUUGCCAUCUGGUUGGUUACACUCAGAUUGCAAAAAAGCCUCCUCCAGCACAUUAUAUAUCAACUACUGCUGACAAUGAUGAUCAUAACUUAGUAUCUCAAGCUGCCACAAAUACUUGCAAAUACAAUUCAAGAACCAGGGCAUCUGUAGCAUUGCACCCUUGUUCCAGUGGAUAUAGCAUGCAAUAUCCUUUGCAUGUUGGUCUUGAUGCCUUGACGGAUCAAAUGGACUAUGCAUGCCCUUCUACGAGCAUAAAUGUGGGGACUACAUCAUAUAUAUCACAAAAUGCACCUCAACAAUCUCAAACUGAAUUACGCAAACGAAGAAAGUCUUGCUCCGAGAUUUUCUGGAGAGCUCAAAAAAGGCGGAACACGAAUGUUUAUUCUGAUGAACCUGGAAGUGAUAAUGGCACUGAGGAGGCAGAGGAAGGGUUCAGAGUUGUACUCGAUCAGAACACCAUGCUAAAGGCUCAGUGCUCUGAACUCAAGGCGGCAGGAAAGCAGUUGACAUCUAAGGCAGAGAAAUUGAGAAAGGAACUUGCCGUGUGGCGACGGGUGUACAAGAACCUAACCGACGAAUUGCAUCUCUACAAUGUCCUUCAAGGAUUCCGUCACGGUGGGCACGACAGCAACCCCGGCAUUGGAUUCAUAUAAGUGAAGGUGGAAAAAGCGGCAGAAGGCCCUCAAGUGUUUUGGUAGCUGUAUUAGAUCUGACAGAUGAUCUGAAAUAUGCAGUGCAAGCGUAGCGGAAUAGCUCCAAGAGCUUCUUAGUCCUUAGACAAUCACUUGAAAGACCACACAUUGGACUGAAGAUAUUUACAGCCUGUGUCGUUGCCCGGAGAGAUGUGGCGGAUGAUGUUUACAUCCCAAGAUAUUAGCAGGGUUUUUUUUUCAUGGCUGUGGGUCCGAAGGCUGCUGGUGGUUGCAUUCUACGGCCUGGCAAAUCUAGCUUCGGCAUGAUUGGCCACGAUGGGUGUACCUAUGAGAUAUCGUUCUGGUGUCCCUGUCGGCUUGGGCAGGAAAAGGGCCCCACGCGGCCUGUGUAGCCCUGUUCAUUGUCCCAUAAUCCGUGUCUUAUUUUUCAGCUUUGGCCGCUC